AUAGCUCCUGAUUCGGUAACCCUCGCGACAAAGAUAUUCACAGCCCCCAAGCUUACGACGUCCCGUUGCUAUCCCGACCGAACCCCGCACAACCUUUUCAAGUCGUCGCGCCGAAUCAUAUCGCAAACAUGCCGGGCAUACGCUCGGACGCGAACACUCCUCAGCCCGACCGGGAGUAUAUCUCGGACGAGGCGCACCUACUGCCGUUACCUCCAGACGCUCCCGACCUCCACGAACUCAACGCCUCUCUCGACGCCCUCUCCUCGGUCUUCCCCGACAUACAAAUAGACGUCUUCCGUGAGAUGCUCUCCAGCUUCGAUGGCGAAUCGAGACUCGCUCUGGUCGCAAACGCUCUGAUCCAAAACAAGGUCACCUGGGUCAAGGGUCGUUGGAGAGCCGCCGAAAAGGAAAAGAUGCCCCGCCAUGUGCCAGCCACAGCUGAGCCAGGGCCAGGGCCCCUGCCUGUCGUCUCGGUUCCCUCAAGGCACAAGUUUCGGAGCAAGGAGUACAGAAGCGCAGUCGAAAGACUCGCGUGGCAAGAAUUCAAAGGAUUGUCUCGAUCGACCAUCACCGCUGUCCUCGCCGAGAACAAUUACUGGUACCCAGAUGCCCGCCCAACGCUGGUCAGCCUUUCGUCCAAAUCUUGGCGGUUUGCCAUCUCGUCUCUCUUCCUGCGCAGAAAAUCUGUAUCGGGCACCGAGGCUGCAACACACCCACUUGUCAUCUGGAAGUCAUCCGGCAGGGGUUCUAUUGUGCCCUGUAUCAAGACUACAUGCAAUGCCGAACUAGAUAAGGAGCUCUACGAGGCACUCAUUGUCCCUAUCCUCCAACAGGCACGCCAGGAAAGGGAAGACAAGGAUCACACCUUGGCCGCAGAGCUCAACACCCAAGAGGCAGAGGAGCUAGAAAGCAUGUUUGAAUGCUCAUGCUGCUUUACCGAAGCCACGUUCGAGGAACUUGUCGCUUGCAACAUUGACGGACAUACCAUCUGCUUCCGAUGUGUCCACCAUACCCUCUCGGAAGCCGUGUUCGGACAAGGCUGGCAGUCAACCAUCAACACGGAAACUGGCACGCUCCGUUGCCCAGCCGUUGAAGGGAGUGGGUGCAAAGGGUGUAUCUCGCAAGAACAGAUGCACCGGGCCAUGCUUGAGUUCAAGAAGGGCGCCGGAAUCAUGCACAAGUUCGAGCAGCGUCUGGCCGAGCACAGUCUCGUAACUAGCGGACUCCCUCUUGCCCGCUGUCCUUUCUGCUCCUACGCCGAAGUCAACGAGAUCUACGAGCCUCCGAACCCACUGACUCACCACUCUCCUAGAAAGAGCGCCUUCCAGCUCAUAUUCGUUGUCCUCUGCAUCGGUUUCAUGCCCUUUAUACUACCUCUCGUCGUUAUAAUCGCGAUAAUCACGGUCCUACUAAGCUACAAGCAGGAUAUAGCAAUUCCCCUAUCCAAAGAAUAUCAUGCCGCGCGCCAACGCCUUCACCGCCGUCGUCGCGGAUCCAAGUUCACCUGCCGAAACCCCGAGUGCCAACGCAACUCGUGUCUCUCCUGCAACAAAGAAUGGAUCGACAUUCACGUAUGCAAUGAGUCCUCCCUUGUCGCCUUGCGCACACAAGUAGAGCAAGCCAUGAGCAUGGCCGUCAAGCGAGUCUGUCCCCGCUGCAAUACAUCCUUCGUCAAAACAGCCGGCUGCAACAAGCUCACUUGUCCGUGCGGAUACAAGAUGUGCUACGUUUGUCGGAAGGACAUUGGCGGGGACGGGGACGGCCCAGACGUGGGGUACAGACACUUUUGCGAUCACUUCAGACCGGAGGGCGAUGGGAGCAAGUGCGACAAGUGCACCAAGUGCAAUUUGUGGGAGGCUGAGAAUACGGAGCUGGUGCUGAAGCAGGCCAAGGAGGAGGCGGAGAGGAAGUGGUUCGAGACGGAGAAUAGGGAGUUGACGGGCGCGGAGAAGGUGUUCUUGGAGACGGGCAUGGCGAUUGACCCGAAUGCGGCGGCGAGGAUGGAUAAGAUGUAUGCGAAUGGGAGUUGGCGGGUGCCGACGCUGGCGGAGUUUUUGGAUUUUAUGGUGGAAUAUGUUUUGGAGGCGUAACAAUGCAGGUUAUGGGAAUUCUGGGAAUGGCAAGGCUGGGAUUAGGAAGGCGAAGGUGCAUAAACAAUGGAUACGCUGAAUAUUAAUAGAACAGCAUCUUUUUGCCUGAGAACAAUCGGACUUGGUUAUCGAGGUUAAAGAAUAAUUCAGAAA